UGAUAAUAGUGAAUGCAUUAGUCUCUUAGAAUGGUAGGUGUAAGGCUCCAAAAUGGAAAACGUAUAGUGAUCCCAGAAUAGCUAGAUGUGGCGCUGAGAUUCAUUUUGUUGUGUGUGAAUCCAGCUAAGGUUAACAGGUAUGUAGUACAUGCUUUUUGUGCUCAUUCUGAUAGAAGAAAAAUACAAUCCUCUCUGCAAUUUCAGCAAGAGAGAAGAAGAGCAUUUCAUCACUCUGUCUUUCUUCAUUCUUCUAUUUCUUCUCUUCAACAUUUCAUAACCCAGCAAGAAUACAAAAACACUAACAAAUACAGGUAGAUCGAGUUCUGUGUACAACGAAAAUGGAGAAAGCAAAACAAAGGGCAAAUGGAACCCAUAUACUUGUGGUUCCUCUUCCUGCCCCAGGCCACAUAAACCCAAUGCUCCAAUUCUCAAAACGCUUAGCAUCCAAAGGUUUAAGGGUGACACUAGUCACCAUCUCCUCUAAGACUCAUGAUCCCAUAGAAACCCAGUUGAGUAUGGUAAAUAUUGAGCCAAUUUAUGCCACAUAUGAAGAAGCAGGCAAGAUUGAUUUAGAGAGCAUGCUGCAGUGGCUCCUAACCAUCUUGUCACAAAACUUACCAGAUCUGAUUUCAAAGCAAGAGAGGAAUGGCUACCCAAUUUGCUGCCUUGUCUAUGACGCAAGCUUGACAUGGGCUCUAGACAUAGCCAAAGGGCUAGGCAUUACUGGGGCUUCAUUUUUCACUCAGGCUUGUGCUGUUGGAACUGUGUACUAUAAUGUGCAGCAAAAGUUGCUUAGGGUCCCUCUAGAAGAGGAUCGAGUUUUGCUACCUGGGUUGCCUCUGCUUGAGCCUCAUGAUCUGCCCUCUUUGAUCAAUCAUCCAGGGUCCUACCCAUCUGUGUUUAAGAUGGUAAUUGGCAGGUUUUCAAAUAUCACUGAUGCUGAUUGGAUCUUCUGCAACACUUUUGAUUGCUUGGAACCAGAGGUGGUGAGUUGGAUGAGAACAAAAUGGCCAAUCAAGACAAUAGGGCCAACCCUUCCAUCAAUGUACCUAGACAAAAGGUUGGAAGAUGACAGAGACUAUGGCAUCAACUUUUUCAAACCCAACAAUGACACUUGCAUCAAGUGGCUAGAUUCGAAGGAAGCAUGUACAGUUGUGUAUGUAUCAUUUGGAAGCAUUGCUAAUCUAGGAGAAAAGCAGAUGGAGGAGCUAGCACUGGGCCUAAAAAGGAGCAAAACCAGUUUCCUGUGGGUAGUAAGAGAAUCAGAAAUUCAAAAGCUUCCAAGCAAUUUUGAGGAGCAAACAUCAGAGAAAGGUUUGGUUGUGAAUUGGUGCCCUCAAUUGCAAGUUUUGGCUCACAGGGCCAUUGGUUGUUUCAUGACACAUUGUGGGUGGAACUCUACACUUGAGGCAUUGAGCUUAGGGGUCCCAAUGGUGGCAAUGCCACAGUGGACUGACCAAUUGACAAAUGCCAAGUUUGUGGAAGAUGAAUGGAAAGUUGGAGUGAGGGUCAAGGUUGAUCACAUGGGAAUUGUCACUAAAGAAGAAAUAGAAAGAUGCAUAGCACAAGUCAUGGAAGGAGAGAGGGGGAAUGAGUUUAAAAGGAAUUCAAUGAGAUGGAGAGAAUUGGCUAAGGAGGCUGUAGAUGAAGGUGGAAGCUCUGAUAAGAAUAUUGAGGAAUUUGUAGCAGCUCUCUUAUGCAAAUAGAAAUAGGUUUGUGUGAGUAAUUAAUGUUUAUGUUUGUCAAACUAACUGCACAUUUAAAUAAGAGUCUACUAUUUUACCUCA